AUGAAGAUCUCAUGUUCUUCUGUUAAACAAGAUUGUAUUUCCAGUUAUGAGAUUGGAAAGAAAAGAGUUCAAAAAUUGUUGGAUUCUGUCAAGCGUAUGAGCAUCACUACAUAUAUGUGGACAUCUAAUCAAAACAUCCAUUACAUGGUAGUUACAUGCCAUUUUGUAGAUUCUGAUUUCAAGCUUCACAAACGCAUAUUAAGUUUUGUUGAUGUGCCUCCACCGUAUUCUAGAAUAUAUAUAUAUGAUUCACUUUUUAAGUGUCUAAAGGAGUGGAACAUUGAGACAAAGGUGGUGACUUUGACAGUGGACAAUGCUAAGACUAAUGAUGUGGUGGUUAGAAAAUUGAUGGAAAAUUUGAAUCUUCAGAAGAAACUUGAUGUUGGUGGAAAAUUAUUUCAUGUGCGAUGUUGUGCACAUAUUCUUAAUUUGUUAGUUCAUGAUGGUCUUGGAGAAAUUGAAGACAUAUUUCAUAAUGUUCGUGAGAGUGUGAAACAUGUCAAUGCCUCUCCGGGUCGAUUACAUAUUUUUAGUGAACUCGCCAAACAACUUUCAAUGCAAAAAAAGCACUUAAUUUUAGAUGUUAGUAUCAGGUGGAAUGCUACAUAUGCUAUGUUGUCUACUACUUUAGAGUUCAAAGAAGUGUUUGUGAAUUAUGCUGAUCGAGAGUCUACAUACACUACUUUACUAAGCGAGGAAGACUGGAAAAAAGUUGAAGAGGUUUGCUCAUUCUUGGUACUUUUCAAUGAAGCUACAAAAAUCAUUUCAGGUUCCGAAUAUCCUACAUCCAAUUUAUUUCUUAGCGAAUUCUUUGGGAUAAAUGAAGCAUUGGAUGCAGUAGUUUUAGAAGGAAGUGAUUACAUGGUAGCUAUGACUAUAAAGAUAAAGAAAAAAUUUGACAAGUAUUGGGGUACUUGUAACUUGUUAAUUUCAAUUGGUGCCAUUUUAGAUCCCAGGUAUAAAAUGAAAUUGCUUGAGUUUUCUUUCCAUACUAUUUAUUCACAUGAUGAGGCUUCGAGAGAAAUGCAAAUAGUUCGAUGUAUUUUAUAUGAGUUGUACCAAGAAUAUGUUGAGGCUCAUAAAGCAUCAAAUGUUUUUUCAUCUACUGAUGGGAGUCAAAGUGUUAGUAUUGGUGGUACUUCUAAGAGUAGUGUUAGCUCCUUAUUCAGUCAGUUUGGUAAAGAAUUAGACACUUAUUUGGAGGAAGGAGUUUUAAUUGGUGAGUCUGGUGUUUAUUUUGAUGCCUUGGGAUGGUGGAAGGAGAACAAUCUUAAAUUUAGCAUUUUGUCAAAAAUGAUUGCUGAUAUAUUGGUAAUUCUGGUUACUAUUGUUGCUUCUGAAUCUGCUUUCAGUGCUGGUGGAAGGGUUAUUGAUCUGCAUCGAUCCUCUUUAGGAACUAAGAUGGUAGAUAUGCUUGUUUGUGGAGCUGAUUGCAAAACAAAGAUAUCAUACAUGUUGAGCUUCCUUGAAAAUGAGGAUGAAUGA